UAUGUUGGAUAUUUUGAAGAACCAUGUUGACUGUCUGGUUUAGGAAAAAGACCUUAGGUUAUGUAGUUAACUUUUAUCAACGAAUAAUAUUUUUAUUGACUUUGUUAAUAUUCGCUCAACCUACAAAAUUGAAAUAACUAACCUCGUAAGCAGCGAUAUGGAUUAUUUGUGGAAAAUUAUACGUAUAAUUUAUAUUAACACAGCAUUGGGUGGCCAAUAUUUAUUUAACGAUGCAAUACCCAUAAUCGGACUUGAGACAUGUGAAAGAGGCAGUUAGAAAUGAUUUACCUUUUGUUGUGUCUAUUAGUAAGAAUAGCACAUUACAUCGCACACAUCAAGAAAUAAAUCAUGUGUGUGGAGGAUUUUUGAUAACAAAUCGAUUUGUUAUAACUGCUGCACACUGUCUUACUAACCAUUCAGAAUACAGUGACCUUGUCGUGAAAGCAGAAUUACAUAACUUGAGAGAUGCUACUAUUUAUGGAAUAAAAUGGUGGAAAACUUACAUGGAAUGGUCUAAUAAUGUGAAUCCCAUUAAGAAUAAAUUUGCUUAUUAUGAUGUAGCAAUAAUUAAACUAUAUGCAGAAGUGAGCUCAACUAUUCCGCUGCCUAAAAUAAGGUGUAAUAUUGACAUCGAAAAGUUACCAGGUACAAACGUUAUGACCGGAGGUUGGGGAAAAAUGGAAAACGGCCAAGUACCAAUAAAUAUGAGGAUUGGAACUUUAGUUGUAAUUCCUCAGGAACAAUGUUCCGUGCCCGUAAAAAAAGUAUAUUUUUGUACAUCUGCAUCUAUUGUUUGUCUAACCAAUGGAGAUAGCGGCAGUCCUUUGGUGAUGAGUGAUGGUAAAACUAUAAUCGGGAUUAAUAAAGCUAGCUGUACUCCGGAACAGGGUGCUUCGUCUUCAUCGUCUUCAUCGUCUUCAUCUAAUUUAAUCAACGUACACACGUCGCUUAAAUUUGCUGGAAAAUUCAUUCACGAAGUUAAUCAAAUGGAAUAGGACAAGUUUUAAUAAGAAUUAUUAAUGAUAAAUUUUUAAAAAGUUUGAAAUAAUAUACGAGUAACAAUUAUUUCAAAAAAUUAAAUCUUAUGCCUUUCUUCAAUUAUCGGUAAAUCAUGCAAUGCGGCACAAUUAAUCUAUGAAUAAUUUGAUUAGGAAUCAUUAUUCUAGGUUGUUUCAAUAGCUACGCAAACAUAACAUUUUAUAAGAGUAUUAUUUUAUAAGAGUAUUAUUGAUAUUUUAUUUUAGACAG